AUGGAAAAAGAAUAUCACAAAAAAUGUGUUAUGCAAGCCACUUCAUUUCUCAAUAUAUUAACUGGAAAGCAGCUGGAUAUCGCGUCUCAGUUGGAUAGUCAACGCACCAAAGAGAUAUCUGAAAAUAGGGCUGCAUUGGAACCAAUUAUUCGCACAAUUCUUUUUUGUGCAGAACAAGAAUUACCUCUAAGAGGCGAUCAUAAUAGCGGUGCUCUAUCUUUGACACGACCUAAACAAAAAGAUGGAAAGUUCAGAGCUCUUUUACGGUUCAGAAUUGAGUCUGGUGAUCAAAAUUUAGAAAAACAUGUACUCAAGAGCUCCAAAAACGCUACUUAUUUGAGCCCUAUCAUCCAAAAUGAAGUUAUUCAGACGUGUUCUGACAUUAUCACUGAAAAAGUUAUUCAUAGAAUUUCUAAGGUACAAUGUUUUAGUCUCCUUGGCGAUGAAACAAUGGAUGUUUCAGGGACCGAGCAGCUUUCGCUAUGUCUACGGUACGUCGAUAUACCAGAUCUACAAGCUCCUAUUCUUCGUGAAGAUUUUAUCGGAUUUAUCCCAAUCAAAGAUCAGUCUUCUGAAAAUCUGACGAACGUUAUUUUACAGCGAUGUGAAGAGCUUAAUCUCGAUAUGACCAAGUGUAUUGGGCAAGGAUACGAUGGGGCAACAAAUAUGGCGGGUCAUUUGAGUGGCGUUCAAACGAGAAUUAGAGAUAAUUAUCCGAAGGCAAGAUACAUUCAUUGUGCCAGUCACCGUUUGAACCUUGCUCUGUCGAAUGCAAUGUCUGUUCCAGCAAUACGCAAUUGUCUUGGAGUUGUUAGUCAGGUUGUAAAUUUGUUCAGAAAUCAUUCGAAUGCAAACAAACUUUUUCAAGACACUAUCCAAGAACAUGCUCCAGACAGUAAAAAAAAACGACUUCUUCGGCUUUGUGACACAAGAUUUAUCGAAAGACAUGACAGUAUUAUUGUAUUUUUAGAACUCCUCGAAUGCAUUGUCAUGUCUUUAGAUGAAAUUGCUCAAAGAACAUGGAACAUAUCUUCAACGGCAUCAAUUCUUCACACAGCUUGCCAAAAAAGUGAAUUUUUAGUGAGCCUUGUUGUUUGUGAAAAACUAUUCAGUUUGACUCUUCCGCUGUCGGUUUUUCUCCAAAAAAAAUCUUCAGAUUUCGUUUCCGCUGUAAAUUAUACAAAUGAUAUAUUGAGUGCACUCCGAAAAAUGCGGGAAACUGCUAGCGACACUUUCAGAGGAAUUUUUCAAGCAGCGUCGAAAUUUUCAGCGGACCUUUUUGACGCUGAACUUCAAGCUCCAAGAGUUGCAUCACGACAGAAAUCUCGUGUAAAUAUACAAACGACAUCGAAUGAAGAUUAUUUCAGAGUCACCACAUUUAUUCCUUGUAUCGAUGCUUUAAUACAAAAUUUGACGGAUAGAUUUAUCAAGAAUGAAGAUAUUCUCUCAAGUUUUCAACUGCUACUUCCAGGAUAUGCUUCCGAGAAAAAAAUGGAUGAACUGGAAAAAUUAGGUCCAUACUUUCAAGACGAAAUGUCAUUGUCCGCAGUUCAAGCUGAGUACAAGUUAUGGUGUGCCAAAAUGUCAUCAAUUGACUCAUCGACUGAAAUUUUGAAACUGUUGGAAUAUUGUGACAGAACAUUUUUUCGCGCGAUUAAUCUUCUUCUCAAGGUAUUGGCUACUAUUCCAGUCACAACGGCUAGCGUUGAAAGAUCGUUUUCUACAAUGAAGAGGAUAAAAACUUUACCUCGUAGUGUGAUGGGCCAUGACAGACUAAGUGCACUCGCGAUGAUGACAAUUCACUGGGAUACUAUUGUUGAUCCGGAAGAAGUGCUCAACUACUGUAUGGCCAAACAAAUAUCAAUUACAAAGUUGCUUAGCCAACUUUCUCCAUAA